GUGGAGGACAGCGCUCUUCUCAUUCUGGGCCAAAACAUCUUCCCAUCUCUGGCACUGAAACACAUAUAUUUGCUCCAUAAAAACGGCUACAAAGCAAGAUGGUGCCAGUACAAACAGAAGAAGCAAGAGCAGAGGCCGCUUGGACCAACUUCCAGAGCAUGGCUCAAGACAAAAAGUAUAAGGCAAGUUCUUUAUUAAAGGUCUUGCCGGUAAAUGGAGAGGAGAAAGAAGGGAAGGCCAUCAAUGGAGUUCAUAACGUCAGUGAUGAAGGUGAAUUUGACCCAAGUGCACCUCCUCCGUUUAGGCUGGCCGAGAUUCGAGCAGCCAUUCCGAAGCACUGCUGGGUCAAGAAUCCAUGGCGGUCUGUGAGCUAUGUCGUUAGGGAUGUUCUUGUAGUUUUUGGAUUGGUGGCAGUGGCAAUUUACUUCAAUAAUUUGAUUGUUUGGCCGGUUUACUGGGCUGUCCAGGGGACAAUGUUUUGGGCACUGUUUGUUCUGGGGCAUGAUUGUGGCCAUGGAAGUUUCUCUGACAGCCCAACCCUGAAUAGUUUCAUUGGACAUCUGCUGCAUUCUUCAAUUCUUGUACCCUACCAUGGCUGGAGAAUCAGUCACAGAACUCACCAUCAGAACCACGGAAACGUUGAAAAAGAUGAAUCAUGGGUUCCGUUGCCCGAGAGGCUGUACAAGAAUCUGAGUGUUUCUACCAAAUUUCUCAGAUUCAAAAUUCCUUUUCCCCUGUUUGCAUAUCCUAUAUAUCUGUGGAGUAGGAGUCCAGGAAAGAAAGGUUCCCAUUUCAACCCUUACAGUGAUUUGUUCCACCCCAGUGAGAGGAAAUUAGUGAUCACUUCAACAGUCUGUUGGACUGUGAUGGUUGCUCUGCUUGUCUACUUGUCCAAUGUAAUAGGUCUUGUUCAAAUGCUAAUGAUCUAUGGUGUUCCCUACUUGAUUUUCGUGAUGUGGUUGGACAUUGUUACUUACUUGCAUCACCAUGGCCAUGAGCAGAAGCUUCCUUGGUAUCGUAGCAAGGAAUGGAGUUAUCUAAGGGGAGGGCUUACGACAGUGGAUCGUGAUUACGGGUGGAUCAAUAACAUCCACCAUGACAUUGGCACCCAUGUUAUACAUCAUCUCUUCCCUCAAAUCCCACAUUAUCACUUAGUUGAAGCGACAAAGGCAGCUAAGCCAGUGUUCGGCAAGUAUUACCGAGAUCCAAAAAAAUCUGGGCCAAUUCCAUUCCACUUGAUCAGUAAUCUAGUGAGAAGCAUUCAGCAAGACCACUUUGUUAGUGACAGUGGAGACAUUGUGUUCUAUCAGACUGAUUCUCAACUUUAUGGAUCUCCUGGUAGCAAGGAUGAAUGACUAUGCAAUACAGUCAAAACAGGGGAUGUAAUCCAGUAACAUUGUUACAGCACCUCAUACUUCAUGAUUUAGACUCAUUUAUGUUGCCCAUGGUGGGUAAAUAAUUAAUCUCUAGAGAAAUAACAUUAGGCAUUUGUUAGCCAUGAUUAUCAUGUUGUGGCACAUUUUGCUGGUUUUUCAGGAUGUUAUGUGAUGAGGAUUUAGAAAUAUUCCUCGGCGAAUUUACUGUGGUUUUUAUUAUUUGAGCGGAAAUGAUAGUUUCAGAUUUUUGCCUCUAAGAUUGGUUCAAAUGCAUUAU